AUGUUAAAAAAGAAGUUCUCAUCGAAUAUCUGUUUCGUCGAAAUUGUAGUCGCCUGUGAGCUUCGCGUUCAGACAAAAAACGAGCUAGGAAUAAGCGAAACAGAAGUACAAAACCGUUCAUUAUUCUUCUGCACACCAAUCGAAUAUUGCCCCUUCUUUCCUUAUUUAGUUAUUUCUUUCUACUCUCACUGUUCAUAUCUUCUUUGUAUAUUGUUCGUUCGCAUAUUUGUAUUUCUUUUCUUUUCCCAUUGCAUUUCUAUCUUUUCACAACCUCAUUUCUCAUCCUCCUCCUACUCCUCCUCCGGCAUUUUUUUUUAUCUUCUCAUAUUAUCCUUAUUCUGUCGACAUUUUUUGUUUUCCGUUUUCUUUUCUUUGCUCUCUUCACAUCCUUACUUAUUCCACACUAAGACAUUUUUAUCUUUGUUCAUUAUCUUUUCCACGUUUUUCUAUCAGCCUCUCUUUCAUUCAUUUCCUCUCUCCAUUUUUUACACUUGUUUUUUUUAUUCUUUCUGUUUCUUUGUUCUUUUAUUCCUCUUUUAUUACGUUAGUCUUUCCAGCUUUCCCGUCUCGUUUCGAUCUUUUCCUCGCUAUUUUUUCCUCACGUCUUCUCCAUUUUCUGCUCUUCUACCAGUUUAUGUUUCUCUUGCUUUUCUUUUUAUUCUUUUAUUUGGCAGCUACCCAUUCUCUCUUUCUCUCACUUCACUCUCAUCUUUUCACCCCUCUUAUAUACUCAUUUGUCUUUUCAUUCCUUAUCCUUCUUUUUUUUUCUUCUUAUUUUUGUUCCCUCUCUUUCUUUUCCUUCCUGUUUCAUUUUCUUCUGUUGCCGUCCUUUUACCCACUCAUCUCGCAGGCUUGACGUCUCCGACCGUGCCGCAGAACCCACGCCGUGCCACCAACAAAGGACUCGGUCAAUUCUUCUGGUGUUGA